UGGAGUAGCUCUUCUACUUCGUCGGAUCGCUCCCCAGCGAUGCCCCGGAUCGGGGUUCUCCUGCUCCUGAUACUUGCCACUUGCACUGAAUCAUCGACUAAAGCUGAUAAUGCCCAAGUGACUAAUACCUACUCUGAGCUGUUGAAGUUGAGUAAGAACAUUACCAAAAGAGAGUCCGGGUGCCCGGAAGGCCAACAGCGUGAGGGCAGUUUCUGCUGUCGGCCAUGUCUUCCUGGUGAACGGAAAAAGGAUGGCUGCAAAGCUGAUGGGGACAAACUUGUCUGUGAGCCCUGCUCGGAAGGGAAGGAGUACACGGACAAGGAACAUCAUUCGCCUACAUGCAGAAGAUGCGGGAUUUGUGAUGGAGAGCAUGGCUUAGAAGUGGAAAAAAACUGUACCAAGACCCAGAAUACCAAGUGCAGAUGUAAAUCAAACUAUUUUUGUAACACUCCUCCAUGUGAACACUGUAACCCUUGCAGCACGUGUGAACAUGGAAUCAUUGAGGAUUGCACACCAACCAAUGACCGCAGAUGUAAAGCAGGAUCCACAUCUCACUUACACUUGCUGUGGCUCCUGGUCCUGGUUCCAGUAGCUGCAUUCACAGUGUGGUGGGUGAAAAGACGGCGCCGGAAUAAUAAUCUUCCUCUCUCUGAACCUAUAUCUCCAGAGACUGAAAUGCUCCCAGUGAUUUCUCCAGACAUUGACUUGACUGAUUACAUUAGCACUAUUGCUGAGCUAAUGACAAUAAGUGAAGUUAGAGAUUUCGUUCGGAAGAAUGGUCUCAAAGAAGCCAAAAUAGAUGAAAUCAAGAAUGACAAUCUCCAAAAUACGGCUGAACAGAAGGUCCAGUUGCUCCGUAAUUGGUAUCAAGUUCACGGGAAGAAAGACGCAUUUACCACUUUGAUUACAGGUCUCAAAAAAAUCAAACUGUGUGCUCACGCAGAUAAAAUUCAAGAUAUAGUCCUCAAUGACAUUACUAGUAAACGUGAAAAUACUAACAUCACAAAUGAAAAUGAAAGCCAAAGGUUGGUCUAAAGUGAAAAACAACUAACUCAGUUUUGAGUACAGACAUUAGAUAGAAAAAUUAGGUAAGUUAGUUGUGGGCUCAUAUAUUUC